AUGCUCCACCGCCGCCUCUCGCCACCAGCCUUUAUUGUCCGUGUCGGGGACAACGAAGCCGCGGUUGAGCCGGCUGGGUUGAUUGAUGCUCGGAGGAAACUGCACGAAGCGGCAUUUGCCCGGAUCAUCGGGCAGAACCGUGUUAGGUUCGUCAACAUGGGGUUGGGGAUCCGUAUACCUGACCGGCUUCUGGUCCACGACGGUCAGCGCUUGUCCGAACUUGUCGAUAAUAUUCAGUUUGGUAAAUGCCCACUGCCCAUGGGUCGCGGGCUUAAAUGGAUCAUUGCGAUCAUUGACCGUGACGAGGUCGCCAUACGGUGUAUUGUUGGUCUCACCCCCCAUCGCAACGAGAUGGUCCGCAGUAAAUGGCACGGCAGUUCCUGGGACCAGAGCCUCCUGGAGGGGCUCCGGCUGCCCGCCAGGGGCUCGUUUGGUGGGCUUGAUAUGAGUGCCCUGGACGCGAGUGAGAAGAUGAUCGAUGAACCCAGACAUCGGGGCCGAGAGGUAGGGAAGACGUUGAAUAUUGUCUUGCAAAUCCUUCUUCUCCUUUGGGGUCAGUCCGUAUUCUUUGCACAAAACCUUUUCGGGGAUAUUCUGCAAGAUCUGGUUGACGUUGGUCGCCAACGAGUACGUAGACUGCGGAAGUAA